AACCGGAAGACAACUGUUUAAAGCUGUUUGUUUUCAACAAAGUUGAGUUUUGGAGGCUUAGCUGCUGAGUUUUGCCUGUUUGGUCACAAAGCUUUCUUAAAGGCAAUAUUUGGGAUUUUAGCAGGCAGGAAGUCCCACAAAUUUUCCUUUGCACUGCGAAGUUUCUAAGAAUUAUCAAGGAAGAAAAAAAAAAUUUUAAAUUGUGAUCCAGAAGCAUUUGGUACCUGUGGAUUUUGGAAUGGUCAUGAGAGACAGCUGUAAAGAGCAGCCAUUCCUUGAUAUUUACAGUGAUGUUAGUGGGUAUUUACAGUGCUUAAGCUGUAAGAAUGAAUACGCAGGGAGCAGUAGAAGGAACCGUGGCUGGUAAAAGAUAUAAUUAAUAAAAAAUAAUUACUUACAUGCCUAAAGAUGUGGAUUAAAAUAAGAGGAUUGCUUUAUGUGUAAUAGUUACAUUUAAAAUCACACCUCCUUGGUUGGCAACACCAUUACUUUCUCUGCACUUGUUGAGUUACAAAGUCCUGGUGCUUUUUUAAGUGAAAGAAAGUUGUAUAACAUGCAUGUGUAUAUACAUACAACUUUUGGAGAAAAAGGUUUUGUUUAACUAAUUUGUGUUGCUAUUCAGGAUGAACGCAGGAAUAGGAAAAUGGGAGGGUUCAUUUUAAGCAUAUGCCUUAUUUAAGCAGCUCUUACGAUUUUGUUGCUUCAUAUGGCUGCAUUAUGUUCACACAUGAAACCAGGCAACUUCCAGACUGAGGUCUGCUAGCUUGGAAAUUAAUGUAGGUAAAAUAAAUUGGUAAAUCGAUUUAACAGUUAUUAAUAUAGCUGCAUUUAUACCAGGUACUUUUCAAGAGUAUAACAGUGCUUAUGUGUUUUAUAGGAAAUGUUGGCUUUCUCCUUCAGUAGAAGUUACAUAACUGUGUGACUACUAAGUGGGGAGCAGAGGGAUGGAAUCUGGCAUGGAGGAGAUCCCAGUUAAAGUUGCAGUUCGAAUCAGACCUCUGCUUUCCAGAGAAGUACUUCAUAACCAGCAAGUCUGUGUGAGAGCAGUCCCACAUACACAACACAUUAUCUUUGGGAAGGAACAUGUCUACACUUUUGAUUUUGUAUUUGGUGAAAUCUCAACCCAAGAGGAGGUUUAUACUGUUUGCAUUAAGCCUCUUCUGGUAUCUUUGACUGAGGGAUACAAUGCUACAGUGUUUGCAUAUGGACAAACAGGUUCUGGGAAGACUUACACCAUUGGAACUGGACACACUGCAUCAGUUGCAGAGAAUGAAACGGGCAUAAUUCCACGGGCUAUUCAUGAAUUAUUUCAGCAUAUUUCUGAAAACCCUAACAAUGACUUCCAUGUGAAAGUAUCUUAUAUAGAGGUUUACAAGGAAGAACUUCGAGACCUAUUGGAGUUGGAGACACCCAUGAAAAAAUUACGUAUCCGAGAAGAUAAAAAGGGAACUAUAGUGAUUGUUGGUGCUAAGGAAUUCCAAGUAGAAUGUGCAGAUGAAGUGAUAAGCCUGUUGGAAAGUGGCAAUUCAGCUCGUCGCACAGGCAGAACACGAGUUAAUGAGCACUCUAGUCGAUCUCAUGCUGUUUUCACCAUUGGUAUUUGUCAGAAACAGUCUGCAGAGUCUCAAAAAAAUACUGAUGCUACACAGGAUUCAUCUGGGAAAUCAGUCCCAAUGAUUGCUUCAAAGUUUCAUUUUGUGGAUUUGGCAGGAUCAGAGAGGGUCACAAAGACUGGAAAUACUGGUGAACGCUUUAAAGAAUCAGUUCAGAUAAACAGUGGUCUGCUUGUCUUGGGAAAUGUCAUCAGAGCGCUUGGAGACCCAAAAAAGAAAAGUGGACAUAUUCCAUACAGGGAUGCUAAAAUCACUCAUAUUCUGAAAGACUCUCUUGGAGGAAAUUCCAAGACUGUCAUGAUAACAUGUAUAAGUCCAUCCUCAUCAGACUCUGAUGAAUCUUUAAAUUCCCUCAGAUUUGCCAACAGAGUCAAAAACAUUAGAAAUAAAGUAGUUGUAAACUACAACCUGGAUCAUGACCAGACUGAUGAAAUGGAACUUGAAAUGAGAUGGCUUCUAGGAGCUUUGCAGUGUUCACGUGACUUAAAUCAAGAAAGAAUUCGUGUCAGGUCACUGCAGGAGCGGAACACCCAGCUUCAGAUUCAAUGUGUGAGUUAUAGAAACUGUGUAGAUGAAGUCUUCUCGUUUCUGGUUGAUUUGAACAAUGAUGUUAGCUUGAAAAGAAGCCAGCAAGACAGGUUGCAGAGAUUGAUCACCAUGGUACAGGAAGUAAGGCAGGAAGCUCUCACCACACAGGAAACUGACACAGAGACCAGGACCAGCCAAGCGCCACAUCACAUGACAAUUCUCCAGCUAAACAGGGAACUGAAGAAACAUGAGCAGAGCAUAGUGAUGGAUGAAGGAGUGUUUAGCCUGAAGAAUCAGGAACUGCAGGACCAGAGAAAGACAUUACUACAGGAAAACGAGGAACUACUGGAAUCUUUAAAGGAGGCUCAAGAAACACAACAAGAUAGGGAAGGUAUUGCAGAAACCUUGAAAGGCUAUGGAGGAAAAGUCCAGCAACUGGAAAAAGACAAAUUUCUCUACAAGAAAACCAGCAGAGAGCUGAAGAAGAAAUUGAAGGUCCUCUCUGGAGUGUCAUCCCGUCAAUUAUUGGCAUCCACUAAAUGUAACAGUGCUGGUGACAAAGCAUCUAGUCAAGAUGAAGCAGAAGUUGCUUCUGAAGGAUUAAAGUUGACAUUAAACACCAAAACAAGUAGUCAACCAGGGAAAAUAAAAGAAACAGACAAAAUAAGUAGUUUAAGAGCACAACAGAAUUCAUACGAGCAUGGAGAAGAUCUUUCAGAAUUUGGGUGCAACAAAGGAUGUUUGUCAAGCACUGGUGAUGACAGAAGAGGAACAGAUGAAGCUCAGCCUUCAGAAUCUCAUCUGCAGCUACCUUCUGCCACCCACAGAAGAGAAACCAUAACACAGUUUCAAGGAGUAACUCCAAUACGACUAUCUCGCCGAGAGCUACGUCAUAUUCCUCCCUCUGAGUUAACUUGGAGACACUCAAGCCUUGGAGUUGCCGUCAGUUCUAUUGCUCCAGAUUCCAUCGAAAUGGACAAAAAAGUGUAGUGGCACCAAGACAUAGUUACUCUUCAUUGCAUUUUUAAUAGCUGUUGCUACUGAAGCAACUGUAAUAGAUUUCUUUCUUCAUGGUCUUGUUAAGUAUCAGUGAUGGAUAAAUGAGUAAGUGUUCUUUAGUUCUUAUUGCUCAGUAUCAGGUUGUUAGGUGUUAUGCUCACACAGUUUCAAUUAACCUGGGAUGGAUUUUAGUAACAUGGUACCUAAGAACUUUCAUUCAAAGGCCUUUUAACACUGAAGAAUUUAUAUUGUUGUGGUUGUUUUUUGUUUUGUUUUGUUUUUCCCAGUAAAUUAAAAAAAUUGAAGUAUUUUUGAAAAAUGGCACUGUGACAUGCGCUACAUUUGCGUAACUUAGGUUUUCUUGAGCAAUAUUGUACUUUACUUUCUUGGGUCGGAAACAGUGACAAACUAUUUAAUUUCUUUAGAUAUAUAGCUAGAAAAUUUAGUUGCCAUACUAACACUUAGUAUUGAUAAUCACUGAUUUCUGUACGUUUUUUAUCUAAAAACAGUGUA